GCAUCGAUUCGUCUCGUAUAGAGGUAAAAGAUGCUAAAUUAAGAAAAGGAAGACAUAAUUAUCUUGAAAGUGACGUUCACAAUUCAGACGCCGGAAAUCAUGAAUCAUUUCAAAGUAAACAGCAAUUGCUUCAAUCGUGGAUUGAUUCUGUCAGGCUGGCCUCUGCAUCAGUUUUGUCAGUUGAGCCCACAGAUAUAAAAGAUACAUCAAUUCUUCUAGAUUUUGGAUUGGAUUCUCAAAAAGCAAUAGAACUGAUUAACUACUUAUAUGCAUCCAGCCAUAUCCGUCUACCUGUUGUUUAUCUUAUGUCAGGGAAAAGCACUGUCAGUGACAUAGCUGAAUAUUUCACAUCGAAAAUAGCUGAAGAUGACAAGGCAGAUAACGAUACUUUUGUUUCUGAAAGUCCUUCCUUUUUGGAAUUACACUACCUAGACUUGCAAAAAAGGGACCCAGAUAACCCUCAUUUAACAAUUACGUUGGAUUUCGAUGUUUCAUCGCAACUGAAUUGUGCGAAAACAUGGAAAAUGUCUCUCCUGAAUCUAAUAUCAAUCAACCCAGAAUUGAGAACAUUGCUUCAAGAAACAGAGCAAGGAAUGAAGCGUGCCAACAUACAAAAGUUUAUAAUAGACAUUGAAGACGUGAGUUUUCAUUUUAUUUCAGUUUCCUCGAAAGAGGAAUUUGAAAACGCGUCUGACAGUAUUUCGAAAUUCAAUCCAUAUGUAGACAUUCCAUUGAAAGCUGUAUUUUGGAAGUCCUCUUCAUUUGGAAUUCUCAGGCUCGUAAUAAAUCACGGCAGCUUCGAUAACGGAUGUGUCAUAGCUAUUGUAAAAGAUCUUCAAUAUAUCUUUACUCAAUAUCUUUUACAUCAGUCUGCUCCAGUUAUGCUAACCCGUCAGCCAGUUGACCCAGCCUUGGCAAUGGAAAGGCUUUUGAAUGAGCGAAUGGACGAACUUAAAACUUACUGGAACAUGGAGCUUUUAAAAUGUCGAGAACCACAGAGUUUUCAAAUGAUUAAAAAAGUAGAGGAGAGAAGUCCCGGAAAUAUUAGUGAAGUGAUCACAAAGCUCUUGAAUGUUGAUCAAUUAAAAAAAUUGGAAGAAGUGUCUACGGAAAACCACAGUACGCUGUUCACCUUGUUUUGUACUGCUUUUCAAGUAGCAAUACAUAAACAAUUACAUUGCCACAGAACAUGUGUAAUCGCAGCAGCAGAUACUAGAAUGCACCUCCCAGAAUUUCGGGAGAGACCUGUUUUGUGCGUGAAUUACAUUCCCAUUGUUUCAACAGAUAUGGUAAACCCAAGUUUAUCUUUCUAUGACAUAUUAAAGGCAAACAAAAACAUUAUUGCUCAAGGGAUCUCCAAAAGUCUCUUUCCUUUCAAACUCAUGAGAGAAAUGCCAGCCUUUGUAGAAGACAUACAUAAGGUGCACUCAAUUGUAAUGGAAGAUUUGACGCUUUGGAAUGUUUUCAAUACUUCUCAAAUUCAAUUAUCAAAAUUUGGUGUGGAACAAGAUUCAAGCUAUGAAACAAAUCUUAGUGUAAUCCUUCAUUCCAAUAAGUCUUUAGAACUUAAAUUGAGGUACUCUGUGCAGAAAGUUGGAAGGUACCUUGCAGAAAACAUCCUGGAGCAUAUUGAAGCUAUACUGGAAAAUUCUGUAUCGGAUAUACACUUCAAUAUUUUUACAUGGCGCUCAUUGUGCAAAAUAGAACAAGAAAUAGAAAGUUUAGCGGACGAAUAUUUCUUCCUGUACAACCGCAACGGCAAAGUAAGGAAAAAGAAAAUAUUUAUCAUAAACCAUCCGACAUUUGCCUUGGAAUGGGGUAAAAAGCGUACUUGGAGAAUUCCUACUUCAGAAAUGGUCCUCAUCACUGGCUUUAAUGCUCAAGAUUUCCAUGGAAUCUACAUAAAAACACUUCAUUCAGAAGAAAGACUAUUGCUAAAAGAUCGAAAGCGGCGAGAUGCUUGGAUUGCCGUUCUUAGAAGAAAGGUGGCGGAACAUUUUGAAGAAAAGUAUGAGAGUACAAAAUUGUGAAGUAAACAAAGUAUUAGCAAACCAUACCCAUAACCUUAAUUCUCUGUUCUGUUAAGUUCUGACACUGAUAAAUAAUUCAGUUCACAUAACCAUGAAGCAUUUGGCAGCUCUGUUCUGCAGCUGUUGAAUAAGAAAGAGAGUUAAAUAAACAGUUGGACCUUGUUAAGACCUAGUAUUUCCUAGCAAAUUGUCCGGAUUAAUGAAGCACCCGCAUUAAUUAAACAUACUUGGUACGUGUACGUAUAUCUAAAUACAAAUUGUACCUUGUCCUCAUAAAUUUUGUUCGGAAAUUUUGCCGUUCGUAUUAAAGAGGCUACACUGUAAUUAACUGUUUUUAUACUGUAAUCAAUUGUAAUAAUAUUGUAAUAAACUGUAAUUAAAUUGUGAUUACUGUAUAUUGUUUUAUACACAUCUUUGAAAAUAAUACUUAAAAAACAAUAUUUUUGGAGUGAUAUUGAUUAUUUUUUUUUUUUAUCUCGGUAUGUUUAUUUUCUUCCACUUUAUGCCUCAGAAAAUUAAGGCUGUGGUUUAUGAGAGAAAAAUACUAUAAUCUAUUGUAUUAAAAAUGUGUCCUGUGAAAAAACAAUGGUAUCUAAUUCUUCUCCACAUUAGGAGGUAAUGGAUUUAUUUUUAAAAAAAAAAAUCAGCGAUGAACUUUCUACUCCUACUCUUAAUGAUUUUCAAACGACAUGUUUUUAUGUACUGAUAUGUUAUAGAAAUUUUUGGAUAUUUUGUAUUUUAUAUAUGACGAAAUUCACUGUUGGGAAUUCAGAAUGCUGUUUUUGAAAUACAUGUAGUUAAAUUGUUAUGCAAGAAUUGAAAGCAUCCAUUGUUUCUGGAAUUAUGACAGUAACCUGGCAUAAUAAAAUAGUAUGAGUGUACUAAAUAUUGAAUAGCCUAUAAAUUUUUAAUGAUGAACCACACUUUAGACUGUUUUAAUUAUUUUAUUUAUAUCUGAUUUUUUAUCUCUCUCUCUCUCUCUCUCUCUCUCUCUCUCUCUCUCUCUCUCUCUCUCUUGGCUUUUUUGUUUGUGUUUGUGCUUUGUUUGUUUGUUUUGUUUUUUAUGUGUAUGUUUGUUUCUGUA